AUGGCUGGAAAAAUGGUAUCACGCAUUGCCGUACAUGCUGCUCUGGUGACAUUCUAUCUCCUUGUUUCUACCUUUGUCAUCGCGAAUGAUAAUACCCCAGUUCCCGGUGACAGUUCACAAAUAAGCAAUUGGUUUCAAAACAAUGUGAAGCCGUUUCAGCAGCGUAAGGGUUCUCUAGACUCAGAACUUGUUCAAGCUGAGGAAGGUGUUAAAAUCAUCAAGGUUAAUAUACAUGGAGGAGGAGAUUUCACCACCAUCACCGACGCCAUUAAAAGUAUUCCGGCUGGGAAUACCAAACGUGUCAUUGUGCAUAUUGGACAUGGAGUAUACAAAGAGAAAAUAAUAAUUAAACGUACCCAGCCGUUUGUUACCUUACACGGAAACCCUAAAAGCAUGCCAACUUUGACAUAUGAUGGCACAGCUGCGAAAUACGGAACUGUAGAUAGUGCCAGUUUGAUUGUGGAAUCUGAUUACUUUGUUGCCGCAAAUCUUAUUAUUCAGAACUCUGCCCCAAGGCCUCAUGGGCAAUCCGGAGCUCAGGCAUCUGCAUUGAGGAUCUCCGGCGACAAGGCAGCCUUCUUUAACUGCAAAAUAAAAGGAUAUCAAGACACUGUCUGUGAUGACAAGGGCAACCAUUUCUUCAAGGACUGCUACAUUGAAGGCACCGUUGAUUUCAUUUUUGGAAGUGGAACCUCUAUUUAUUUGAACACUCAGUUAUACGUACUCGGGAAAGGUAAUGAAGUCUCGUUCAUCACAGCACAUGCAAGGGACUUUCCCUCGGAAACUACUGGAUACUUAUUUAUACAUUGCCAUAUUAUUGGCACUGGACAUAGUACAUACUUAGGCAGAGCAUGGAGGGCGAGGCCAAGAGUGGUCUUUUCCUACACCGACAUGAGCGGCGAAGUUAAUCCUCUUGGAUGGAGCGAUAACAUCCACCCCGAACGUGACAGCACUGUUUUCUUUGCAGAAUACAAGUGCACCGGACCAGGUGCAGACCCUGCUAAACGAGCCAAGUUCGCCAAGCAGUUGAGUGAUGCUGAAGCUAAACCAUUCCUCUCCCUUGGCUUUAUCAAGGGUUCCUCGUGGUUGCUUCCUCGUCCAAAUGUGUAGCUUCAUUG